AUGGAGUCAAAAGUGCAGAAGGACACCUGGCGACCCUACUGGGUCCGCGGAGGUCACGUCGAGGACAUGGUCUUCAUUGGCAAGGACGUGAUCGCCUGGUGCAUCGGCGUGCACAUCGUAUUCUUCAACGUGGUGCAACAAAAGGAGUCGAUUCGAUGGUGCUGCAACAGCGAAGUGGGCGAGGGCGCGCACUGUUUAUCAGGUCAUUCGAGUCUGUCGAUCUUCUGCUUCGCCGAGAGGGUGAACAACCCGAAAAUCUUUGUCUAUUCGUAUCCGUCCAUGACUCUGAUCACCGAGUGCACUGGCGGCACCAGAAACAAGUACCUGUCCACUGCGUUCACUGCCCGAGACCAUAUGGUGUCCAUUGGAUGGUACCCGAACUUCCCUUUGAUCGUCUGGGCCUGGAGGACCGGAGAGAAGAUCGCCAGAGUGACCACGUUCGUGUGCGACCAGGUUGGGGAGAUCUUGAGAAUCACUCAGGUUGGACCUACCGUGGUUGCUCAGAUGGGCAGGACCUGUGGCAGAUUGUACACCUGGGAGUUGGACAUUGCCGGGAAGACCGUGACCCUGCAAGAGCACGAGAUAAAACUGCCGUGCCACGAUCCAAUCGCGUGGGUGGACUGGUCUUCAACCUCCCCGGAGCCUCUGCUGGCAAUCACUGACAGAAACGGUCACGUCUACCUCAGCAACUACGAUGGCUCCCACGUCUACCGUAUCGUCCUCUCCCAGCGCUGCGGCAUCUGUUUGGAGUACGAGUUACCGAUCAUCAACUGGUUCGGCGAGGGGAUCAUCCUGCGCACUACCUUCUGCCAGCUUCGCUACUACUCGAAGAACCCGAAAACUCACAAAUGGAAUAUGACGUGGUACGUCAAACUAGAGACCAAACCGUGCAUCCUCAUCACCCAUCCCCUCAAGACCGACUGGUGCUUCUAUCACACGUUCGAGGGCUUCCUGAUGGAGAUCACUAUACCGAAAAGCGGUGGUCAUCCGAUGGUAGAGAACUGUCUGAAUUAUGGCGCUAGUUUCAAGUUCAUGGACUUCGUGUACCCCUGGUGUCAUCACGUGGUCGGCACGGACAAUUUGAAAGAGUUGGUCGUGCUGGAGUCUUUCAGCGGCAGUCAGCUGACCACCGUCGAUCUAGAGAUCCAGAGCGAGAUCACUUGUCAAGCCUCGCAUCCUGAUUAUCCGAUGAUCGUUGUGGGGACUCAGCAGGGUGAACUGAUUUUUGUGAGUUUUGUGGCUCCCGAGGAGCCGAAGAUCGUUGCCCUUUUGCGGCUGCAGGAGGGUCCUCUGGAUCUGAUCAAGUUGUCUUAUAGUGGAAGAUCGUUGAUAGCCGCGGAAUCUCAGCGCGGCAAUUGCUACUGCAUCAACUUGCGUCCAGAAAAAGCGUUCACCGUGCUGGGUAUGGUGCAAUCCUACAGAAGAAUCAGCGACGCGUUGAUCUACGAAGGCGCCAGGAGACUGAUGGUGCUCUUGCUCAUGGUCCAUUCGAAACAGCACGGCUUGGGCCAGAACCUGAAGCUGUACGUCGUUCCAGAAGGCAAAGAUCUCGUCGACGAGGUUGUCGAUACCUUGGAUCUAUAUGUAACCUACCAUAGCCUGUGGCAUCAUCCCUCCAACGCGAUGAUGCUCAUAGGAACGCCGUACAUGUCGCGACAGCUGCGGGUCCAGAAACUCCAGGAUUUCAAGAGCAUGGUCUUGGUGGAUGGCUUGUUGACUGGCCACCUUGUCAAGAUGGCGAAUCUCUUCGUCGAUAAACAGUGGCUAACCAGCACUGCCUUCGACGGUUUGGUCUAUGUGAGGGACAGGACCCUGCGCAAGGUGGUCGCCUGCUUCGUGUCGCAUCAUAGAGCGGACUUUGGUAACGUGAAGGCGGUUGCGAAUAAGUUCGGAGACCUGAUCGUGGUUAUGGGGUACGAUGGAUCCUUGGUCGCCAUGAUAAAGGUUCAAUUUGUGUCUCUGGGCAUCAAAAUCUUGGUUCAGUUGCAAUUAAUGCUCCUUCUUCCUCCAGCGCAGGAUAAUACAUCCUCGUGUCCUGCAGAUGCUCAGUGCCUUCAUCGUGUGGACUACACUCUCUACGACAAGAAUGAGAAGAAGGUCCAAUCGGACUACGCCAGCCUCCCUUCGGAAUUCCAUGAAAUGCUAUCAGGUUCUAGGUAUCAGUUCCCCGACCCUGAAGAAAACGGCGAGGAGACGUGGUUCAGUUGGAGAAAGGAAGCUCAACUGCAGAGAGAAGUAGCCCAGUGCGAGGAAGAGAGAUCACAGAUUUUGAAGGACUUCGAAGUGCUGAAAGGCAAGGUGAAGGCUCUGCUGGACGCUAAUGAGAUCUGUCCAGAGAUCGAGAGACUUCCGGUGUCUGCGUUCGACUUGGACAGAGCCGGGCGAGAUCAGAAAUUGAAGGCCGGUCGUAAUCAGUGCGAGGAUCUUCAUCUGGAGCUUGAGCAUGGCAUUAGCGAGAUGAAGAGAGUGUCGAAUUGGUUGAAGGAGACUUUCUGGGAUCCUCAGAAGGUGAUUGGCAAGAGUUUGGUCGCCAUCUUUGGCGACAGAGAAGUGGUGAACUAUCCUGAGACCGAGGACGACCCGAGGACUGCCGAGCUGCUGCAGUUCUCGCAGUUUUCCAAGGAUAGCGUCUCCAUGAUCCUCGACGAGGACACUUUCCAGUCGUGGAAGCUGUACACGGACGAGGAGCUAGAGCUGGAGCUUAACAAGUGCAUGAAACUACAUCACGAAGCGGACAUCAAGAUGGACAUGUUGCUGGAGGAGGAGGAAGAUGAGAAGGUGAUCUCCGAAAUGACACUGGCGAAGAUGAGGGCUUUGGAGGGGACCAUUGCACACCGGUUCAUCGACUUGUCAUCCUGCUAUUCUCAAAUGGAAUCUUAUGGGUUCGGACACGUGAUGGUGAACAAUCGUUUCCUGUUGCACGACUGCGCGAAAAUCCGCAGUUACUUCAACACAGCGUUCGAAGAAGUGUACGCUCAGAAGGAGCGGGAGAUGAAUGUGAUCAGAGAUAGGAUCGAGAGGAUAUGUCACAUCAAUUCAGAGUUGCAAACAAUGUUCAGUGGAAGAAUCUCCUACAUACCUGAGGAUCCCAUUUGGCGCUGGCAGGAGAGCCCAGAAGGCGUUGUCAAGGUGUUCGAUCACGAGGUGAAGGCGAGACCGUACAUUUCGCCGUCGCAACAAGAACUCCUAGACAGACAGGCGGCCGAGGCAGAGCGGAUCAGGCGGUUGUUGCUGGCCGAUGAUUUUCGCGAACGCGCCUUAAUGACGAUGAUGGACGGCGUGCUGGAGGUUCGAUGGGAGGACGUCAUCAAGAUUGACGUUCCCAAGCCCGCCUGCAUGCUCGAGAAGCGACCGGAAGACUACAACGAGGACGACAUACUCGUCGUGAAGAAGUACGAAAAAGACGUACUGUUCCUGCAAGAGGAACGCGAACGGUACAACAGGAAGCUGGAGGCGGAGUACACCAAGGUCAUGGGACUAUUGCAGGAAGGGAUCGACAAAUUCAACGCUAAGCUCGAUCAACUCUUUCGGCUGAAGAUGAACAUCGAGUCGGCCAUAAAUCAGAUGCAUCUGCGAUACGUCCGCGGUCGCCUGCGAAACUAUCGUCGAAUGGUAUCCCUGCGCGAGGAAGAGAAGAUCAAGAAGCAGCUCUCGAACAAAGAGAAAUACUUGGUCACCUUGCAGAGCAACAUGGAAAUCUUCAAAAGCCUGCAUCAAGAACUGUUGAUCCAGCACGAGUUGAUCACGACUCGCGAGAAGACGCUGUCCAAGCGGUUCAAGGGCGAGUUUUCUUCCAUGAACAAGUUCCACGUGGAACUUCUGGAUCGCCAGUUCAAACGUCGACCUAGAGUCAGCCUGAAAAACCUAAGUUCCGCCGAGUUUACGGAUCUAAUAGCUCAUAUAGCUGUUAGGAGCAGAGCUGUGUACCUUGCUCAUGAUAGCAAGGAGUAUCUGAAGGCUCUAGACCAUCUAGACAUUCGGCCAAAUGUCCUUCCGAUGACGUUAGAAUCUGCCGAUUGGGAACACUUGGUUAAGGUGCGAAGGCACAAGAUCGAGUCAGAGUUGAAGCUCAGAGCGAAGGAAGCGGAGAUCGCGGACACUGAGAAAGUGCUCGAAGGAUUUCAAAAGAAGAUCGAGAAGUGCAUUGCUGAUAUCGAGCAGGUCAAGGAGGACCUCGGUGAGAAUCGACGGCAGAGGACGACCAGCGAACUGGACCUUGAGAUGCAGUUCGUGAUGAAGAUGGGUCAGGCGGAGGUCGAUUUGACUGGAGAACUUGAGGACACUAAGAACGUGGUGUUGGUGACCAGGGACGAGAUACUGGCGGUGAACGCGUUGAUAGAGGCUGCCGGGAAGUGCAAGCUGGUGGCUCUCUCGCGGCUGCUGGACUUCCAAAGAGGCACGAAAUUGAAAGAGUGGAUCCACGGCUGCCGCAAGAAGCAACUGAGCGACCUGCAGGAGGACCUGCGUUUCCUCGGGGUGGUGACCGUGACGAAGGAGAUGCAGCAGUACCUGAAGCGGAAAGCCAAGGAUCUGCCCGACGACAAGACCUUGGAACGGAUGACCGUGGACGUGGAAGCUGCGAAGGCGCAGUGCGAGAAGCUGAUGGAGAACCGCAAGGCUCGACUGGCCUCGAUACAGAAGGACAUCGUGAUCACCAGGAGCAAGAACGAGGAACUCGAUCGGCGGAUCUUCGAUCUGAACGUGUCGAGGUGCGACAUGGAGCUCCGCCGCGAUCAUAUCGCCGAGGCGAGGCAGCGGCAACACACGGAGAGGAAGAUCAGGAUGGUCAUGAGGCGAUCCGAUCUGAUCAAGAAGCUGCAGGAUAAUUACGCGGAGCUGUUGGAGCUGCAGACCUUGCACGAGCUGCUCAGGCUGAGGCGAUACCCAACGCUCCACUUCAAGUUCCUCGACGACAACGACAAGUAG